UUGCAACAGACUCCAAGGAGAAAUUCCAACAGGUGGUCCUUUCAGAAACUUGUCUACUCAAUCAUUUGUUUCAAACCAUGGACUCUGUGGUGCAGCCCUAUUUCAAGUUCCAUCAUGCAAAAGGAAGACUGUUAAAACUAUUUUCAAGUAUGUUAUUCCGGGUAUCUUGUCCGCAAUGCUUCUAGUGACCUCCAUUUGGAUAUUUAUUAUAUCGAGAAAGAAGAAUGUGAAAGCUGCAACAGAGACUACCUUUUUGCCACAACAUCAGUGGAGAAGAGUUUCCUAUCAAGAGCUUCUAAGUGCAACAAGUGGAUUCAAUAUGAGCAACUUACUUGGCACUGGGAGUUUUGGCUCAGUAUAUAAAGGAACACUGUCAGAUGGGAUAGAUGUUGCUAUUAAGGUAUAUAAUUUAGAAACAGAAGGGGCAUUCUCAAGUUUUGAUGUCGAAUGCGAAAUGCUAAGCAAUAUUCGCCAUCGAAACCUUAUCAAAGUCAUUAGUUGCUGCAGUCAAGUUGAUUUCAAAGCCGUUGUACUAAACUACAUGCCUAAUGGGAGCCUUGAAAAGUGGUUGUAUUCUCAUAGCUUAACCUUGAACAUCUUGCAGAGGUUGAAUAUAUUGAUAGAUGUUGCAACGACAUUGGAGUAUCUCCAUCAUGGUUAUGAUAGACCUAUUGUGCAUUGUGAUCUGAAGCCAAGCAACAUAUUACUAGAUGAUGAUAUGGUUGCACAUGUUGCUGAUUUUGGUAUCGCAAAACUCUUGGGUGGAGAGGAUUCUAUCACUCGAACCUUGACCCUUGCCACAAUCGGGUACAUGGCUCCAGGUGAUGUAGUGUUAGUAGUUAAUCUUUCAGUUAUAUAUAUAUAUUCUCCUUAACUAAGAAAUUUUGUUUUCGUCAUAUAUAUUGCAAAGUAUGGAAUGGAUGGAAUAGUGACCAGAAGAGGGGAUAUGUAUAGUUUUGGUGUUGUAGUGAUGGAGACAUUCACAAAAAGUAAGCCAACAGAUGCGAUGUUUGUGGGGGAAAUGAAUUUAAAGCACUGGGUUGCAAAUUCACUUCUUGCAGAUGCAAUAGUUGAAGUUGUUGAUACCACUUUACUUGGGACAGAGGAAUAUCAUGACUUUGUGAGCAAGAGAGAUUGUUUAUCAUCUAUUAUGAGAUUGGCUAUUGCUUGUUGUGGAGAAUCACCAGAAGAGAGGAUAAAUAUGCACGAGGCUCUAGCCACGCUGAACAAAAUCAAGAUCAAAUUUUUGAAGAACGCUUCAGAAGGUGUGGUAUUGAGCCGUCAUGGACUCUGAUUCGGUUGUUAGUUGAUGUAAUUGAGUUAUGGUAUGACUCUAUUUCCACUUGUAGCCUGUGUUAUGUUCUGCAGUAAGAAAUAAAGAUUUGGUUUAGUCGAGGGUAAGCUGCUAUUUUCUC